AGGUCCGGCAAGGAAUCUGCGCGUGGUGUUUCCGUAGUUGAGUUCGUGGGUGGCCCUUUCAGCUUGCCGGAUCGCUUGGGUCUUAGAAUUGGGCGGGAAGUUGUGGCAGAAGGUUUGAGUUUAGUUCGAAAUUUAGAGCACGAGAGAAGAAAAUGUGCUGGAGUCGGCACCGGCACCGGCACCGGCGCCGUCUCUGUCGGCGGUGGAUGUUGCUUUUGCUUUGGAGUUGACGGCGGUGUGUCUGAUACAUAUGAUCCAUCCGAGUCGGAAUCCAUUGAAGGUUUGGACGAAUACAAGUUGCUUGCUGUGAGUUUAUGCUCGGAUUUCCCGCCUCCUCCAGGGAAUAUGUGGAUUAGGCUAUGUUUGGUUGAAUAAAAACAGCACACUAAAGAAAGAGAGGAGAGACUCUAGAACUCAUCAUCCUCCAUUGUUGAAGCAAGAUCAAACCAAGGGAGGUCCAAGGAAGAAGAAAGAGUGAGAGAAGAAGAGAAAAACUUGGAAAAUAAAGGAAUUUUACCAAGGUAUUCUAGACAUCUCAAAGAAUCUAGGAGUGGCCGGAAAAGUCGCCGGAGCCGCCGGAGUUUUCGCCGGAAAAUUCCAAAAGUCACUGGAGUUCAAACGAAGAGGAUAAAAGCUUGCUAGCAUCAUUUCAAGGUGCUAACAUGGACGUGAAGUCUCUCUUCGCUUUGAAGAAGCAGAAGGCAAAGGCUCAGAAGGAGCCAGUCAAGCAGAAGCCCACCGAGGCCGUUGAGGAACCUUCCGCAGCUGUUGCAGGCGAGGCCGGGGGGUCCCAAGUCAUGGUGGCUUCAAAGAAGAAGAUGGCCGGAAAGGGGGGUGACCCCCCGGCGAAGAAGCACAAGGUGACUGAUCCCGAUAAGCAGCCUGCCUCCGAUGAGGUCAUCAUUGUGGAUGAGGGGGUUGGCUCUGCCCCCCUGCCUCAGGAGUUUGUUAAUGAAGAUUUCUUCGUCCGGGAAAGGCUGGAGGCUGUCGUACCGAGGGGCAGCUCUAUUUUGGAGGCUACUUUAAGCCCCUCGGUGCUUAUGAAUCAAGUGAUGCCCUCGCGCGAUAGGGUAGCCCUCGCCCGAUUGGACAACGAGGCCCUCAGCUCUAAGCUCCUCCUGAACAACGCUUUGACUUUGAUGGGCCUCUGUGAGCAAGUCCGGAGGGUGGAUCAGAUUCUAAAGGACAAGGUUGCCGUUGUCGGGAGAUAGCUAGCCUCCGGAGGAAGCUGGCCGAGGCGGAAGACACUCUCCGACUAACGACGGAGGGUGUGGAACAGCGGGUACAAGCUGCCAAGGCUGAGGGCAUAGCCGAGGCCGGGGUGGCCGCUGCUGAAGCUGUCAGGAUCGCUGCCGAGGAAGCCGAAAAGGCGAAGGCCGAGGAGGUGGCCAAAGCUGGGGGAGCUGCUCUUGAGGCACUCAUGGUCGAGGGCUGGAUGGCCGAGGACAAGAAUGACUGGGUCUCCUCGGUUGUAGAGAAGAAGGUCGAUGCCUGGGUUAGGGCCCUGGUAAAAUGUGGGUGGCCGAGAAAGGCGACUGCUAUUAUUAAGGGGGUGAAUUCUUCACCCAGCGCUUGAUAUACCGGAGGCUAGCCCGUCAUUUUAACAUCCCCCGGAGCAAUUCGAUCCGAAGGCGUAUGGCCUCCCCCCAGCAGCCAGAUGUGAGAGUCCCCCUCCCUCCGGGUGAAGAAAGGCCCGUGAUUGAGGAUUCAGAAAUGAUGGGGACGGCGGCGAAGAUGAGGCUGCCGAUGACGAUGCC